AUGACAAACAGGAACAUAUCCUAUUUAGUUCCAAGAUAUCCAAGUAUUCAGUGCUGGGAUGAUCGUAUAAAACUGUCUGGACCACGCUCUAAAAAUUUAAUAGAUUUAGAGUCAGAAGAGUUUACAGAAACAAUGGGUGAUAAAAUUAAAGUUUUUCUUCGAUUAAAACCAUCAACAUCUAAUGUUGAAUCUAUUUAUACUGUACUGAGUUCAACAGCUUUACAAACAGAAGCUCCAAAAGAAAGUGUAUCAUACAAAAAUGUCACAAACGGGGUGGGAAAAUUAAUCCACAAAUUUACAUUUACAUCCAUUCUCGAUCAAGAUAUAACACAAGCUGACUUAUUUAAAAAAUGUGCAGUGAAAAGUUUGAAAAAGUUUUUAAAGGGAGAAAAUUAUUUAUUAAUGGCCUAUGGUACAACUAGUGCAGGAAAAACUUUUACCAUGCAAGGAAACGUUGAUCACCCAGGAGUCAUACCGAGAGCAUUAGAUUUUGUUUUCAAAGGGCUUCAAAAUAAUAUUAUACCACUUUGCAAAUAUUACCCACAUCAGUAUAAUGAAUUAAUAGUGCCUAGUGAAGAACAAUUGAAAAAAAACACAUGUUAUAAAAACUUUUUCCUUAGCUUAGAUUUAAAUAAGUGUCAAAAAUAUCCGGAAGCUAGUCAUGUAACAAUGCAAACAACCACUUCUUCAAGUGGUUUUUCCGAUAUGUACGAAAAUAUGACAUUUAAAGAAAUGCAAUCGCGUUUGACUGAUACUGAGUGUUCAGAAAUAGAUUUAGGUUCUUAUAAAUAUGCCGUUUGGAUUUCCAUGAUUGAAAUUUACAACGAACAAGUUUAUGAUUUGUUAGAAGUGCCAAAUGACCGAGUUGGUAGAACAAAAUUAUCUUUCAGGGAUGACGAAUACGGAAACACUUUCAUUAAAAACUUACGUUAUGUGAACGUUUCGAGCGGUCACGAAGCUUUUCAAAUUUUACAAUUCGGUAGAAACAACCUUCAUUUUGCUCCUACAGCGCUAAACAAUAGCUCGAGUCGUUCUCAUUGUAUUUUCACAAUUACCUUAGCAAAAUUUCUUAAUCACGAUUCCUCUUAUGCAGUAAUCAGUAGGUUUUCGUUUUGUGAUUUGGCUGGUAUGGAACGUGCAAAAAAAACUUUAAAUAUGAAGGAUAGACUUGUGGAGUCUAAAGCGAUCAACACUUCACUCUCGAUUUUAGUUAAGUGUUUGACUACCAUUAAAGAAAAUCAAAAUAAUAAGGAGAAAAAACUCAUUCCUUACAGAGAAUCCAAGUUAACAAAAUUGUUUCGAGAUGCAGUGACUGGUAAAGAACAAUUCUCACUGAUAGUAAAUGUUACCACGGAACCUAAUUUAUUCGAUGAAACCUUAAAUGUACUAAAGUUUUCCGCAAUCGCUCAGAAAAUUGUUCCGCAAAACAUUUUCGCCAAGCCAAAAGUUAUGAGACCACUUAAAAAAUCCAGGUUUUCUCGUUUUGUCACACAGUCAAGUUACAUGGGUAAUACAAUCGAUUGGGAUGCUGAAUCCAUUGAAAAAUUUAGCGUGAAAGAAGAAAGUGUGUCGUCAGAAGUAGAAGAAUUAAGAAACGUUAUUGAUAAAUUGAAAGAAGAAUUGUCCAAAGAAAAAAGUUUGAAUGAAAAAAUUGAAUGCGAUAUAAGAAAAGAAUUAACGAGUCAAUUUUCGGAAAUUCUUAAAAAACAACGAGAAAACAAUUUGAUCCGAUUAGAAAGCGAAAAAGAAAGAUUGGAGGAAAUGUACGAAGAAAAAGAAAAGAGAAUAAUUAAAUAUUAUGAAGUUUUGAGAAAAUGUAAAAGAAAAAAGAUGGAUGAUGAAGAUGUAACAGAGUACGAAGAUCAAGAGAAAAAAUUAAAAGAAGCUAAAAAAGAAAUCGAAUCGUUAAAUAAUAAAAUUUCAGGUCUAACUGAACAAAUGCAAAGUUUUACUCAACAACACAAUAAUGUUCUCUGUGAAAAUUCUGCACUGAAAUUCACAAUCGUUGAAAAAGAUAGAGUCAUUGAAGAGAUGAAGAGAACCAUGGAGGCUAAAUCGGCGGGAGAAAACGAAUUCGAAGUUGAAUUAAAGAAACAACUGGAAGAAGCCAAGAAAAAAAUGGCGGAUUAUAAAACUUUAUUAGACGAAGCAGCAUCAGAUUACAACGAACUCGAAGAAAAUAACAAGUAUUUAAGAAAUGAAAAUGACGUACUGGAACAGUACUUGACAGAACAGCGGGAUGUUGUUGCUGAUCACAGUCGGGAAAUUGCCGAAUUUCAAAAAAUUCUCUCGCAAAAAACAAUCAUUAUCGAAAAACUAGAAGAAACGAACGAAAAAUUAAUGUCGGAGUUGAAAUUGGCUGGAGAAAAUAAAAAUGAAAAAAAUUUAUCAAACGUAAUCGAUUCACAAACGAAAGAAUUGGAAAACCUUCGAGAGCAACUCAGGGAAGUUUCCGAGAAAUUGAGUAACAAAAACACGGAAUACUCGGCUUCCGAAUCGGAAAAAGAAAAUUUAAAAUCAGAAUUAGACAAGUGCCGGUGUGAAAUAUCAAGUCUAAAAGAUGCAAUUAAAAAUUUGGAAAAAGUUGAUAAAUGCGAAAAAGAAAUAGAAUUGGAACGAACGAUAUCCGAAAUGAAUGACGAACUGGAGAGCGUGAAACUGGAAUCGGAGAUUUUACACAAGGAAAAAAUUGUUCUGGAAGAAAAAUGCGUCGAAUUGAAUUCAGAAAUAGAAUCAUUGCAAAAAGUUCUUAAGUGUAAAGUGGAAGUAGCGGAAAAGGAAAAUAUCGAAAUGAAAAAUUUAUUUCAAGAAAAUAAACGACAAGUCAUGGAUGAAUUUUCAAAGCUAUCAAAAAAAACGGAUACGCUGGAAAAUGAAUUGAAAAAUAAAACGGAAGAAUCAGAGCGUGAGAAUAAAGUUUUGAAAGAAGUCGUAGCAACGAAAGAAACGGAAAUAGUUAAAUUGAAAGAAGAAAAGGAAAAAAUGAAAAAGGAAUUUUUACUCGUCAAAGAGGAUGAAAGGAUGAGAGAGAAAAAUAAAUGUGUGGAAAUGGAAAUGGAAAGAGAGAAAUACGUGGAAAAUUUAACGGAGAAGGAUGAAGAAAUAAAAAAAUUAAAAUCGGAAUUGGAAAAAUUAACGUUGGAAAAGCACACUACUGCUAAUCGCGAUGAAACGAUGACGGAAACGGAAAUGGCACAAAACGAAACGUCGGUUAAAGUGGGAAAAAAUAUUUGUUUGGAAAAUCUUUCGUUGGUUUCGAUGGGACAACCCCAAUCUCAAAUAAAAUCGACGAGGAAAAAAAUUGAUAUGUUGGAAGAAAGCAUACAUCCGUCGACGAUCAAACACACGAGAAAAUGUUAUAAGAAAUUAUUUGCGGAAAAUGAUUUUGAUGAACUCACGGAUUUGGCAACGAGUCCCAUCGAAGUCGUGAAAAAUUUUCAUUUUAUUUUCCAUUUUCCAUUUUUUUCCAGGAAAUUCCAAGGUUGA